GGAGUCGGCGCCUGAGCAACGCGGGAAGGCGCCCCUGCUGCCCCUGCCGCCGCCGCCGAGGUGCUGGACAAGACAGGCCGGCCGGCCUCCUCGUCAGCCCAGGCGCCCGCCGCAGCCGCCGCUGCGCCGCUCCCAGCGCGGUCCCCAUGGAAGAGAUGGAAGAGGAGCUGAAAUGCCCGGUGUGCGGCUCCUUCUACCGGGAGCCCAUCAUCCUGCCCUGCUCGCACAAUAUCUGCCAGGCGUGCGCCCGGAACAUCCUGGUGCAGACCCCCGAGUCGGAGUCCCCGCAGAGCCGCCGCGCCUCGGGCUCCGGGGUCUCCGACUACGACUACCUGGACCUGGACAAGAUGAGCCUGUACAGCGAGGCGGACAGCGGCUACGGCUCCUACGGGGGCUUCGCCAGCGCGCCCACCACCCCGUGCCAGAAGUCCCCCAACGGCGUCCGCGUGUUCCCCCCGGCCAUGCCGCCGCCGGCCGCCCACCUGUCCCCGGCCUUGGCCUCGGUGCCCCGCAACUCCUGUAUCACCUGCCCCCAGUGCCACCGCAGCCUCAUCCUGGACGACCGGGGGCUGCGCGGCUUCCCCAAGAACCGCGUCCUGGAAGGGGUCAUCGACCGCUACCAGCAGAGCAAAGCGGCGGCCCUCAAGUGCCAGCUCUGCGAGAAGGCGCCCAAGGAGGCCACCGUCAUGUGCGAACAGUGCGACGUCUUCUACUGUGACCCGUGCCGCCUGCGCUGCCACCCGCCCCGGGGGCCCCUCGCCAAGCACCGCCUGGUGCCCCCGGCCCAGGGCCGGGUGAGCCGGCGGCUGAGCCCGCGGAAGGUGUCCACCUGCACAGACCACGAGCUGGAGAACCACAGCAUGUACUGCGUGCAGUGCAAGAUGCCCGUGUGCUACCAGUGCCUGGAGGAGGGCAAGCACUCCAGCCACGAGGUCAAGGCUCUGGGGGCCAUGUGGAAACUGCACAAGAGCCAGCUCUCCCAGGCGCUGAACGGGCUGUCGGACAGGGCCAAGGAAGCCAAGGAAUUCCUGGUGCAGCUGCGCAACAUGGUCCAGCAGAUCCAGGAGAACAGCGUGGAGUUCGAGGCCUGCCUGGUGGCGCAGUGCGACGCCCUCAUCGACGCCCUCAACAGGAGGAAGGCCCAGCUGCUGGCCCGCGUGAACAAGGAGCGCGAGCACAAGCUGAAGGUGGUUCGAGAUCAGAUCUCCCACUGCACAGUGAAGUUGCGCCAGACCACGGGUCUCAUGGAGUACUGCCUGGAGGUGAUUAAAGAAAAUGACCCUAGUGGCUUUUUGCAGAUUUCUGACGCCCUCAUAAGGAGAGUGCACCUGACGGAGGAUCAGUGGGGGAAGGGCACGCUUACUCCCAGGAUGACCACGGACUUCGACUUGAGUCUGGACAACAGCCCUCUGCUGCAGUCCAUCCACCAGCUUGACUUCGUGCAGAUGAAAGUCCCAGCGACCCCCAUCCUACAGCUGGAGGAGUGCUGCACCCACAACAACAGCGCUACGCUCUCUUGGAAGCAGCCGCCUCUGUCCACGGUGCCCGCCGAAGGGUACAUCCUGGAGCUGGACGACGGCAACGGCGGUCAGUUCCGGGAAGUGUAUGUUGGGAAGGAGACCAUGUGCACCGUGGAUGGCCUUCACUUCAACAGCACAUACAAUGCGCGCAUCAAGGCCUUCAACAAAACAGGAGUCAGCCAGUACAGCAAGACCCUGGUCCUCCAGACGUCCGAGGACACAGAUUCAGAAGAACAGACAGUCCCUUUUCCAGUGCCUUCGGAAAGAUUGCCGCUCCGUAGAAGGAGUCCUUUCUCCUCCACCCUUAAUCUACAGCCCAGCUUCCCCGGGAGAUCCUACUUUGAUUUCCGAUCCUCACCCCACCAGCUGAGCUUGCACUCCUCUUUACAGUCUCUCAAUGCACCGGGAUGCAAUUUUGAGACACAGUCUGCACCUUACUCUCAAUUAGUUGACAUUAAAAAGCUGUUGGCAGUGGCCUGGUUUGCUUUCGACCCUGGCUGCGCUCACCCUGACAUCAUCUUCUCCAAUGACAACCUGACCGUGACCUGCAGCAGCUACGAUGACCGGGUGGUGCUGGGGAAGACCGGCUUCUCCGAGGGCGUCCGCUACUGGGAGCUCACGGUGGAUCGCUACGACAACCACCCCGACCCUGCCUUCGGCGUGGCGCGCACGGACGUGAUGAAGGACGUGAUGCUCGGAAAGGACGACAGAGCCUGGGCCAUGUACGUGGACAGCAACCGGAGCUGGUUCCUGCACAGCAACGCGCACACCAACAGGACUGAGGGCGGGAUCGCCAAGGGGGCCACGGUCGGCGUCCUCCUCGACUUCAAUCGAAAAACCUUGACAUUUUUCAUCAACGACGAACAGCAAGGCCCCAUCGCGUUUGAGAACGUGGAGGGGCUGUUCUUCCCGGCUGUCAGCCUGAACAGGAACGUGCAGGUCACGCUUCACACCGGGCUCGCCGUCCCCGACGUCUACUCCAGCAGAGCCUCGAUAGCCUGAGGGUGCGGAGGCGCCAGUGCCUGCGAGCGCGAGCCGGAGCUGCAGGGAGAGGGAGGAGGGGAGAGCCGCUGACCCGCACACCCACGGCCCCCUUCCCUCCAGCCUCUCUGCUGCUGUCAACCCUGCUUUCUCUUCCACGCUCAGCAAUUCUAACCAACAGAGGACCUAGACAGCCCACCUGGUCACUUUGUUUCCACGCCCGUGUUUUGCUUUCAUUUACAUCAGUGCUUUAUGUAGGUGAGUUAUCUUUUGUUUCUCUUCUGAUUGUGUCAUUGGUGACUUACUGAACUGGCACUGCUAAGAGAAAAUUCUCCUGAUACCUUUUUUCUUAAAAAGAGGUAGGUGGUAGGGAGAGGGAGGGAAGGAUGAGCUGAGUUUGGUGCUGGCCGUUUAGAAUGUUCUUGAAUGUUCUGGCCCUGCGGCCUCUCCUGCAGCGUUCGCUCUGCAGAGCUCGUCUUUUCAGCAGGGAGAAGCUUUACCAUCCACUGAGCACAAAACUAUCCACUACACGACGACAUAAAGGUUUCACAGCGCGGCGGGCUCAUAGGACUGCUGGGUCGUUAGGACAGGCCAGAAACCCCGUCACUGAAUGAAACUGGAAGUCUCUAAACAGGCAGGCCAGGGGACUUCCUGAUUUGGUUCAUUUAUUUAAUACAGGUUUCUAACUGAGAACCUAUUAUGGACCAGGGACUGUUCUAGACAGUGGAGACACAGCGGUGAACACACAGGUGUGGUCUCUGCCCUCCUAGAGCUUGUAUUGUCCUAGGGGAACAAACCAGAAAUAAAAUGAUUACAGAUUGUUAUUAGUACCAGAAAGGAGAUAAGGGCCAACGAGGUUCACUGGUGAGAUCUUUCAGCUCCCCUACAAUGCUGCUAAGAAUCCACACGUUCCGGCCGUAGCGCCAGAAACAUGCCAACUCAACGCCUUUUCAGCUGUGCUGUUUCUGUUAUGGUACCUGCUACCGUUCAUCACAGAGCCCUUCUUUGGUAGAAACGAUGUCAGCAUCCUUAUUUGUCAGUGCUGCAAUGAUACUAAGCCUUAAAAGUGAAUGUGGAAAAGAAUGAGUGACUGGAAGGAGGACGCCUCAUUCUCUGUAACGAGGUAUCUUAAGGUGCGGUUCACGGCAUUCGCAUUCUCAGGAUUAACGCGCUUGCCUCCGUGUCGACUCGCUCCCUGUGUCUGUGACACACGAAGUCCAUCUGCCCUGCAGCCAUCCACAGCCCAGCUUUCUGGAAUACGUCAAAUCAUGUGUGGAAGGAAAUGAAACUGUAGGUCGCUGCUAUGACUGAUAGCAGAAUAAUAAGCUUAUUACUUCCAUGUAGAGAUAGACUUAAAGAAGCUACCCUCAGAUUCUUUUGUUCGACAUGACGUUUUAGAAAAUGUAGGACCUAGAAAGAGGUUCUGGUUAGUUAUCUAAAUAUUUGCCAGGGAGCCAAGAAAUUCACCAUGAAAAAAACCCAAAAAUAACACAAGGGAAGAGGUAGGAUGGGAAAGCAAACAAAUUAAAGUUUUGGCAGGGACGUCCCUGGCGGUCCAGUGGUUAAGACUUCACCUUCCAGUGCAGGGGGCGUACAGGUUCAAUCCCUGGUCAGGGAGCUAAGUUCCCAUGUACCUCGCGGCCAAAAAAAAAAAAACCACACACACACAAAAAUAUUAAAAAUUCAAUAAAGACAUUAAAAAUGGUCCACAUCAAAAAAAAUUGUUUUUAAAAAUUAAGUUUUGGCAAAAAAGUAACAUGUAAAUAGCUAAUAAUUUACUUUGGGGUUUUAUUUAGAGUAUUUCUCUUAGCUGUGGUGUUGUUCUAGUCAAGUGUACCUAAUUUAUUGAAUGGGUGCUAUCCUGUUUGUGUCCACCUUGGUUUUUCUUGGCUACAGAGAUGCUCUGUUGCAGGCCAACACUAAUUUAAUAUUUGAUUUUCUCUCCAAUGAGACUCGAUGGCUGGGCCGCUGUAGACGCGUAGUUACUCUUGUUCCUUGUUAAAUUCGUCCUGCUAAUUAGAUUUCUAGUGACUGGUAACACGUAGUUUACACAGAAUCGCAGCUAUCGAUGCACAAAGCUACUGUACUAGAAUAAAUGGAUAUUUCUGG